AAUAAUUUCGGAAACUAUUACACAAGCAGUCGCCUUCUAGUACCCCACACCUGUCAGUGACCGUGUCGAGUUGAGGGAAAGUUUGCCGAAAUAUAUCUCCAAUACAAUGGCCGCAGCAACUAAAGGACAAGCACUCGUAGCCAAUUUGUUGGCUCAGGCUCGACCGAAAUUCAAUGUUUUCCUGAAAUACGCCAAGGUUGAGUUGACACCACCAACUCCUGGUGACAUUCCAGCCAUCCGCACUGGAAUCGCCAACUUGGUCAAGGGUGCCAGGACCGGUGCAUGGAAAAACCUCACCGUCAAGGAGGCUUGGCUCAACACCCUGGUCACGGCCGAGGUCUUGUUCUGGUUCUACGUAGGCGAAUGCAUCGGCAAACGCCACUUGGUUGGAUACGAUGUUUAAGUAAAAUGCAGUUUACACGUAAUUCGUACUAAUUUAGAUUGAGAAUUUCCAUUAUUGACAAUUUGUCAUUGCAGGCGGCUUGUAAUGAUAAGUGGUCGAUAUAAUAAACGAAAAUACACAAUAAA